AUGUUUGAGUUCGAUCUAAACGAGGUCCCUCCUCCUGAAGAUGUCGAUGCCCCGCCGGCGCAUGAACCUUCGCCGCCGCCACCUCCACCUCCGGAAGCUGACGGUACGCGCGAGGCCGAUGACGGCAUGGCUGAGGCCUCGCCGCCGCGUCCGGAAGAUGACGCCAUGGCCGAUGCCUCGAUCUGGACGCAGAUGUUAGACCUGGACGUCUCUGGCGAUGAGGAUGAGGAGGGUGAGAUCGAGAUCGAAUUGCAGCCGCCAACGCUCUAUGGGUCGCCCGCGCCAAGACAGUCGCCGGAGAAGAUGAGAAGAAGCCGUUCCCCUGCGUACCAGGUCGUCGCUGAUCCCGCGGAGUGGGCGUACGGCUGUGCGGCCGACACGUCGCCGGCGCGCUCAUCCUCUUGCGCGGACGUGCAUGACUGCACGGCCCCGUCUUCCCCGAGCAGUCACGGCGGGAGAACGGCGUCGUGGCCGAACAGCGAGACGCUACCGCUACCACCGCCACCGCCGCUGCCUUUUAUUUCUCCGGCGCCAUCGUCGUCAUCUGGGUCAUCGGCAUCGCGCACUCGCGCCUUCAGGGGGACAAGCGACGCGCGGUCUUCGCCCUACUCACGGCGCCUCGACCGUUCCCGACUCGGCGACUGCAAGUACGGGGAGUUCAAGGUGGCGUCCUACGCAGGGAGGAGCCGCCCAACACCCGCUAAUCCGCAGCGCCGGCGCCACGACGGGGGCAGGAGAAGCCAUGGCGAGCAGGCAAUGCGCCGCCAGGAAGCGCCGCCUCUAAGGUACGCGCCGUACAACAAACGGGAUCAAACGGGACACCGUGGCAACGAGAGGCCGCACCCGCAGGCGCAGGGCAAUCGAGUCCAGCGUGGGGAUCAUCGUGGCUACGAAACGCCGAGCUUCCGGGCGCAGAAGCAGCAGGGGUACUCUCCUUCUUCCGCUUCCAAACCGUUCGCAGGGCAACGUUACCAGGAGUCGUACGCUGGCCGGCAGAUUCCGGCGCAGGAAGUUCAGAACGGCGGGUACCGUCGUCAGUACAACAGGGAGCCGCCUCGUGGUCGUGGGCGCUCUCCUGUAGCUCAGCCUCUCCAUCCGUACGCGCGUGACGCCGGUCAAGUCGACGGGGCCAACGCCGGGAACCACCAUGCCAGACGCUAUUGCCAGCCGAACCUCAACGGCGGGAACCACCAAGCGAGGCGCGAGUUCCGGCCGAACCUCAACGACGGGAACCACCAAGCGAGGCGCGAGUUCCGGCCGAACCUCAUCGAUGGGAACCAUCAAGCCAGGCGUGAUGACCGGCCGAACCUCAACUACGGGAACCACCAAACAAGGCGCGAGUACGGGCCGAACCAGAAGCAGCACCGGCGCAACGGCAACCAGAACUCAAUCAGGUCGCAAGCAGUACCUGUUCGUCGUCCCCAGUAUUACGGAGAUACUUACAGCAGCCAGGCGCCGUCGCCAAUUCCUUGA